AUGCGCGAGGCUGCGGAGCGGAGGCAGCAGCUAGAGUUGGAGCAUGAGCAGGCCUUGGCUGUACUCAAUGCAAAGCAGCAGGAGAUUGACCUUCUUCAGAAGGCUCAGGUUGAGGCUAAAAAGGAACAUGAAGGCGCUGUCCAUCUGUUAGAGGCCAAAGUGCGCGAGCUGGAGGAGAAAUGUCGGACUCAGAGUGAGCAGUUCAACCUCCUGUCAAAAGAGCUGGAGAAGUUCCGGCUCCAGGCUGGGAAGUUUGAUAUCCUCAGCACUGAACCCAUAACUUUAUGUGAAUCUCCCGGGUCGCCCAACAAAUCCCUAUCCCAGCUCCUCAAUGGACUGGCUGCCCCCAUAGGAAAAGGCAAUGAGGCUCCAACCAGCAGAUCUUUGAUAUCCGAGUUCAUUCGACCGCUCCAGAUCAGCUCAGACAAGCCCGAGCUCCUCUCUGUCAAGCCAACAUUCCUCACUCGCACUCGAGCCAGCAGCCCAGCACGGGCUUUCCUCUCUGAGAUGGACAAAGAGCUCCGCUCAACCACCAGAUCUAAACCGAGGUUCACAGGAAAGGUUCGUCUGUGCAUUGCUCGGUACAGUUACAAUCCUUAUGAUGGGCCCAAUGAGCAUCCUGAGGCAGAGCUCCCCCUUGUGGCAGGGAAAUACCUUUACGUUUACGGGACAAUGGAUGAGGAUGGCUUUUAUGAAGGAGAGCUGCUGGAUGGACAGCGGGGGCUUGUCCCCUCUAAUUUUGUGGAUUUUGUCCAAGAUGAGGAGACACCCUCCGUCCAACACAGGGACACAGUGGCUAAAGAACCUGGCUACCUCAACCACAGUAGCCUGGGGACUCAGAGACUGGGGGUCAGCACAGGAAUUGGGACAGGCAUAAGCAGCCUGCUGUCUGACAGUAAACUAGACUGUCUAAGCACCAGCAGCUUGGGCAUGGAUCUCCUGGGCUCCUCCAGCAACGGGACAGGAACUUUGGAUGUCAGCAUUGACGAGAUCGGUGAAGACAUUGUGCCUUAUCCCCGCCGCAUCAACCUGAUUAAACAACUGGCCAAGAGUGUGAUUAUUGGCUGGGAUCCUCCUGUGGUCCCACCGGGCUGGGGCUCCAUCAGUGGCUACAAUGUCUUGGUGGAUAAGGAGGUGCGCAUGAGUGUCCCCUACGGGGGCAGGACAAAGUCUCUUAUUGAGAAGCUCAAUCUAGCCACAAACACCUACCGGAUCUCGGUGCAGAGCAUCACAGACCGGGGCCCGUCAGACGAGCUCCGGUGCACUCUGCUCGUGGGAAAGGACGUGGUGGUGGCACCUUACUACCUGCGUGUGGACAGCAUUACGCAGGCCUCUGCUGAGCUCUCUUGGAUGCCCAGCAACAGCAACUACAGUCACACCAUCUUCCUCAACGGUGCGGAGUACGACAUGGUCAAGGCUGGGGGGUACAAGUACAAGUUCUUAAACCUGAAGCCCAUGACGGUUUACAAGGUGAAGGUUGUGGCGCAGCCGCAUCAGGUGCCUUGGCAGCUUCCAAUGGAUCAGAGGGAGAAAAGGGAAAUCUCUGUGGAGUUCUGCACUCAGCCUGCAGGGCCCCCUCUCCCUCCCCAGGAGGUGCAGGUCCAGUGUGGUCAGACGCCUGGGGUCCUGCAGGUCAGAUGGAAGCCACCGCCUCUGACGCCUGCAGGGACCUCCAACGGGGCCAGUGUGAUUGGCUAUGCCGUUUGCACAAAGGGACAAAAGAUAGCAGAGGUCUUGUACCCCACAGCAGACUAUGUGACGGUGGAGUUAAACAGGAUUCAGUGUCUGGAGGCCAGGGAAGUCAUUGUAAGGACGUUAUCAACACAAGGAGAGUCCCAGGACUCGCCUGUGGCCGUCAUCCCGCACAAUCUCCUGGGCUCUCCACGCCUCUCCCACCGAACCACAGCACCUCCCCACCCUAUGCCCCACCCAGCACCCAAGUCCAAACCGCUCGUAAGUGCCAGAGAGCCAGAAACCAAAGAGCACGAGGUGGGCCUGCGGCCAGGCAAGCCCUGGGAGCGCUCCCCCUCUCCGCUGCCUCCCAUGCGCGGACCCAACUUAGAGCCGCCGCACUUCCAGCCACGGCGAUCACCCUCUCCUCAGAGGAUCCUGCCGCAGCCUCAGGGAGUCCCCAUCACCAACACCAUCGCCAAGGCCAUGGCCAGGGAAGCUGCCCAGAGAGUGUUCGCCGAAGGCAACCGGGUUGAGAACAGGAACAUCUUCAGUGAGCGGGGUAGCACCCUGCAUCCACUCAACUCUGAUGAGGAGGAGGACGGCUACGACUCCCCUCAUGCCAGAAGGAGAGGAGCCUCGGUGGAUGAAUUCCUCAGGGGCUCAGAGCUGGGCAGACAGCACCAUCACCACCACUACAGCCACAGUGAGGAGUAUCACACGGAGAGCAGCCGGGGUUCAGACUUGUCCGACAUCAUGGAAGAGGACGAGGAAGAUCUCUACUCGGAGAUGCAACUGGAGGAGGGGCGCAGGCGCAGCAUCAACUCUCACAACACCCUAAAGAUCAUUGGGAACUCGCCAUCACAUGGAAGUGCCGAUCUUCUGGACCACUCGGGGAGGAGGCCGGUUCACAUCGGCACCCCCCCUCAGCGACGGCCCAUCCCAUCCAUUGAGAUCACCAUGGACAGUAACAGUGAGGGGAGUGAGGGGAACCUCUCACCCGUCAAGGAGGAUGUUUACUAUGGCAGUGUAGCUCGGCGAAGGAUAUGGCGAUCUAUCAGAGGCCUCCUCUAUGUUUCAGACGGCUAUGGCGGACGCAGGCACGGGCGGGGACGGCGUUCCCCGGAGUACUACGAGGAAUCGGAGCUGGAGGAGAUGACCCGUGUGUUUGUGGCUCUGUUUGACUAUGACCCCCUGUCCAUGUCUCCAAACCCUGAUGCUGCUGAUGAGGAGCUGCCUUUCAAGGAGGGCCAGAUCAUCAAGGUGUUCGGGCAUAAAGACACGGAUGGCUUCUACAGGGCAGAAGUCCGAGACCGAGUUGGCCUGAUCCCGUGUAACAUGGUCUCUGAGAUCCAAACAGAGGAUGACGAGAUGAUGGGCCAGCUCCUCAAACAGGGCUUCCUGCCACUCAACACUCCUGUGGAGAAGUUAGGUGAGACAUCGAACAGGCGGAGCGGUCGUCAACACCCGAUGUCAACGAGGAGGAUGGUGGCCUUGUAUGACUACGACCCCCGAGAGAGCUCCCCUAAUGUUGAUGUAGAGGCUGAACUGACUUUCUGUGCCGGUGACGUCAUCACUGUCUUUGGCGAAAUAGAUGAAGAUGGCUUUUACUAUGGCGAGCUCAAUGGACACAAAGGACUUGUUCCUUCCAAUUUUCUAGAAGAAGUGCCUGAUGAUGUAGAGGUUUUUCUCACUGACUCAACAUCUCGAUACCCCCAGGACACUCCAGCACGGAUAAAGACCAAAAGGGUUCCAUUGGAAAAAUCGGGUCCGCCCAGAAGAGCAGCCUCUCCCACAGUGCGUCCGCACAUCCCUGGCUCCGGCCCUGCCACCGUGGGGCCCGGCAGUCCCAUCAGGGCCCCACUGGACAUGUACUCCUCCAAAAAGAAAAAGGGACUGCUCUCCAAAGGGAAGAAACUUUUGCAAAGACUUGGAGCUGUAAAAUAA